AUGGAAUUCCGACCGCCCCCCACCAUCUGCGAGCCUUGGUCUGGUUCAAGCUCCGCCAAACGCACUAUCCCCCCCGGCCCCGAGGAUGCCAUCUUGAGCGGCGGUGACGACGACUCGCAGAGCCCCAUCAGCCUGGGUCACUGCAUUCCGGACCUGAAGCACCUCGACUUCCCCAUCAACGCGGGCGCCGUCGUGCCCUUUCCAGCCCGCAUGAAGGUCUUCAAGGCCAGCUCGAUCGAUUUCGAGUGGGAUGCCGCGCGCACGGCCAACCAGGGCUUCACGCUGGCCGCCGGGCCGCCGCUCGCGAUCGCCAUGGGCCUGUUGACUGUCAAGGCCAGCAUCCGGCUCGCGUUUGCGCGGUCGGUCCAGGAACACGAGCGGUACGCCCGCCUGGACACGUACUUCGUGCAGCCGAACCGCCGCUAUGUUGAGCAGUGCCUGAAGACUGUCGCACAAGACCUUGCUGUUCGGGUCGACAAAGUCUACGAAUUCUUUGACCUUUCUGUGCUGCGGGUCGUCCUUCCGGAAUCCAGUGUCAAUGACGCACACCUUGACCCGAUCAUAGCCACCUUCGGAGUCAGACGGGUUGAUGAUAAUGCUUUCAGGGUGGCCAAGAGUGGCUUGCAGAACUCACAAGACCUCGUCAAGUUCUGGUGCCACGACUACGACGGUCUAGGGAUUCCAACAAUUCAGCAGACCAACUGGAAUAAACUCACUUCGCAGCGGAAUCGCAGAGUCACCGUCGAUCAACUCAAGCUCCUGGGGAAGCCCCAGGUGACGAGUAAUGUGGAACGCACUGCCGAACACUGGCUGGACGACAUCGAUAUCCUGAAAGGGAUCAAGAGGCGAAGCGGCAGACUCUCUGCGGAGCUGAGUCAACUUCGUUUGAAAACGGCCCUUGGGAGAAUCCCGGUGGUGGAGCCGAAGAAGAAGGCCAGGGAGGAGUUCGAGAAGGCCAAGAGGAGCGAGAAGAAACGGGCAGCGGCGCUGUUGGAAGAGCUGACGCCGGAGAUCUUCGAGACCGCCUUGGGCAACAUCCCGCCCGACACCACUGUGACCGUCAAGCUCAGGUACGUUCAUGAGCUCAAGGCCGUCGUCAUGAAGCACGAGAAAGCGGAGGGGCUGGCGAUCACCAUUCCCACAUCGAUCGCGCCGCGCUACGGGGGUUCUGCGCGUCUGACUUCGCUGCCCGGCGUGGCCGAGAAGAGUCUGAAGAUCUGGGUCCGCGUGGUCAACAACGGCGUCAUCAACGUCGAGGGCUGCCAGGCGGAGUCGGGUUACGACGUCUGCUACCAGGGCACCGAGCGGGUCCCCACGCCGGUCGUCGUCGGCGGCCUCGCCGAGCUCGCCUACCUCCAGGCUCCUCGCGUUGCCGAGACGCCGCAGACCCAAUCCACGCUGCACGAGCAGCGGCUGCGCUCUCGCGCGGUGCUCGAGCCGGCCGACCGAACCGGCCACGCCGCGCUGAUGGUCAGGCUGCGCCCGAACGACCUCUUCGCCAGCGCCGUGCGGCCCCAGUCGUUUGCCGGCGAGCUGCUGUUCGUGCUAGACCGGUCGGACUCGAUGGGCUGGACCGAGGACGGAUACAACACGCUGAAGAUCGACACGCUGCGCGACGCCAUGACGCUGGCGCUGGCCGGAUUGCCAGACACGUGCGCGUUCAACAUCUUGUCCUUUGGCAGCACGGUGCGUGGCAUGUGGCCCGAGUCGAAAACGGCCCGGGACGCCGACAAUGUGAAGCACGCGCGGAAAUAUGUCUCGUCCGUCGCGGCGGACAUGGGCGGCACCGCGGUCGAGCCCCAGAAACAGAUCCUCAAGUUCGUGUGGGAGACGCGCAGGGGGCUCGGCGAUAGGAUCCGCUUCUUCACCCUCGGCAUCGGAGACCGUGUCUCGCACCGCAUGCUGGAGAGCAUCGCCGAGCUGGGCGGCGGUUACUGUGACGUUAUCGACGUCGUCCAGCGGCCGCGCUGGGAGGACCGGCUGAACCGCAUGUUGCGGUCGGCCAUGGAGCCCGACAGCUGGUCAUGCGACAUCGCGCUGGGACCGGGCUAUGAGCGCCGGAGUUUGACAACUUCGAGAUUCGCACAGGGCUCCCCGGGCGGGGAGAGCCAGGGCGACACGCAGCCGUGUUCCGCUUACUUCCAGGCACCUUGUCCCGUGCCGCCGCUCCAUCCAUAUACGUACAAGUCGGUUUUCUUCCUGCUGGAUUUUCGGGGCGGCCGUAGCCCCCCAGCCGGCGUGACCGUUACCACGACGACACCAGGGGCUUUGGCAGCUGUGGUGGACACGCUCAUGAUGAUGCAGUACUUCGAGACGCGCCUGGCCGGCGAACGGGAUUCGUGGCACCUGCUCAUGGACAAGGCCGAGCGUUCGGUGCUCCUCCGGCUGGGGUUCGAUGAAGAUCAGGACGAUCUGUUGACGCCCCUGUAUGAGAUGUUGGCGUUGUCGAUUGCUCACGUGCACUUUGACGAGGCCGUCGAUGCGGCUGUGAAGACGUGCCGAGUCUGCGACCGGGACUUUGACGGCGAUGCGUGGCCCGAGAGCGGUAACAGGGCAUUCGUGUGCUGGAAUGACGACUGCUACGGUCGAGGGACAUUCGACACUUGGGAUUCGUUCUGGGACCACCAGGUCAAGAGCGGGCAUCAGUUCUGCCCAGGGAGUGGGUUUGGGGAAAGCGGCGAAUUUGACUGA